AUGUCUGAACCAACUGCUAAAAAGGCAAAACCGAGGAACUACAGAGAAGAUUUUAUCAUGUUUUGUUUUGUAUCUGUAGACUCAAAACCUAUGUGUCUUGAAUGUGAUGCCAUCAUGACAAAUCAUUCCACGAAGAAAGUUAAGCUGGAACAGCACCAGAAAUUAAGGUGUCCAUCAUCUGUUGGUAAAGGUAGGAAAUAUUUUGAGAAUAAAAAGGAAAUACAGCCAAUCAAACUACCCGACUUUCUAAAAAAGAUAAAUACUGAAAAAGCAAAGACACCCAAAUCAAGUUAUUUGGUUUCUGAAAUUAUUGCCAAGGUUGCAGCACCUCAGAUUUAUGGUGAGAAACGUGUCAAGCCUGCUAUGAUAGAUUGUGCAAAUGAGGUUCUUGGAAAAGGUGUUGCAUCUACUCUGAGUACAAUUCCACUUUCAAAUAACACAGUUACAAGAAGACAAGAUGAAACUUCUAAUUUUGUUGAGGAGAAGAUUAUGGAAAUUCUCCAAAAGACAAAGUUCUCUCUUCAGGCUGAUGAUAGCACAAUUCAUAACCAAGCUAUCCUUCUGGUCUAUGUCAGAUUCAUCCAUGAAGAUGAUAUACGGGAAGAAAUGUUAUUCAUUAAAAGUUUGUCUGAAACUACAAAUGCAGAAGAUAAAUUCAAUGAAAUAAUGCAGUAUUUUAAUGAUAAAAUAUUCCAUUCACUAAUUUGA